AUGAGUACUAAACCAUCCGGACCUCAGUCGACUGAGGUGCGUGAUGGCACCUCUCUCAAUGCGGACACCGUCAUCCGCUACUCAAGAGAAUUCCUUUUAGAGUGUGCUAAAAGUCCCUUAGUCCAGCGACCUGAAGCCCUUCCGCCAACGAGCGUCUGGUUUGGUGAGGCUUCCAAGGAUGAGCCUGAAGCUAAUAACAGUAAUGGUCGCAAAUCAACAAGCAAAACCACUCUACCAGAUCGUAUUAUUCUUGGUCCUCCUAAAAUGAGUUUUGCCUCUUCAUCACUUGGAGGAUUGAAAAGGUCUGAGGAUGGUCUCUCUGGAUUCAAAAAGACUUUGGAUUCCUCAAGGGAAAAUCGCACCCCACGUGGACCAUCCAGUGCUCUGGAGCAAGGAUUUGGACGUGAAACAAUUGAAAAACUUGCCUCGCAUAAAGUCCCGAAAGUUACUCCUAAAGACAUCACUGGUUUGUUAAGUGGGAUGGAUAGGAGGCGGCCAGAUCCUUUACGAUCUAACAACACUUCCUUGGCAGGCGCAAGAACAGGCACCGGUUCGUCCUCCUCAAGGGUUAGCGGAUUGUCGAGAAUCUCAGGGCAGCCCUUGUCUACAUCCGGCAAUCCAUUGGCGAACGUUAGUGGCAGUACCCUCGGUUUAGGUCUCGGGGCCAAAACUCAUGUUCAGACUCAGACCCAACGCUCAGAUGCGCCAGAGUGGAUGAGCUACAAUCCAGAUUCAGAAAAUGCUUCAAAAGAAGGAGAGAGCAACAGCGAGCCCCAGGUAUUUGUGGAUGACAUCCAAGCAUGGAAGGCCCGUAUGAAGGAGCACGAAAGGCGUGAGAAAGAGAAGGAAGCAUCAGUACAGAGUCAGCGCGAUAGCAGGCAGGAGAUCAAAGGACCCUCCAGAGCUGACACUAGCACAUCAUGGCGAUCGAACCUGGCGUCUGCCCAGAUAACUACACCCACUUCUUCCGAAAACAUAAAGUCAGCUGAGAUCAAGGGUCUUCCUGCUUUGGAAAAGCCACUUGGGAGGGCCUUACUAUCAAAUGAACCCAUUCAGGAUAUUGACAUGUUCUUCAGUCCAGGAGCGCUUGACCUUACUAAGACAUUUGAUUCCCCUUCCGCAUUUGAUAAAUUCCUCACUCAGCAUACUAUCGCCAUCUCAUCAAUGGAAGAUCCAUCACAGCAGAAGUCCACUCGUAAGGUAGAUGGAUCACGUUUUGCACGUUUCUUUACUGAAGACGAGCCUGAAACGCAGUCUGUAAAAGAAUUAGAGCGCUCUAAGCUCAUGUCUCCGCCUGCACCUGUGUCGGCGUCACAUGAAAUUCCGGGCAAGCAACUAUCUCUGGAUCAACUCUUCCAAGCACAUGCGCCCACUUCUGCAUCUACCGCAUCUCCUCUUCCACCAUCAUUGAGACGAAUGCCCUCAGAGGCAGAGAUUCUGGAGUCAUUGAAGGCUAAUAAGUCAUCCAUCCCAGUCAAAUCGGUUGAAAAUAAUGAACAAUCUGAGGAUGCUUUCGCGUUUAGUAAAAUCAUGGCCGCUCUUGCAAAGCCACCGAUCAGCAGCAGCGAAGAUACCUUUGGUAGUUCAGGUUCCUCUAAGUCAGCAAUCCCAUCAGCCCACUAUCUUCCAAGCAACGAUAUAGAAUCUGCAGGAAUAACCCCAACCCUUCAUGACCCCUCCAUCAUUACAUUCCAAACAAAGCCGCCAGCCUUGCUUGAAACUCUAAGAAGGCCAUCCAGUGAGAUUUCAGUAUUACCCGUGUCAUCUCAGGGUACGUCCUCCUCAGCACCAUCAGAAGGCUCACAGAUGCAAGGAUCUGGUGCUGGCACAUUACCCCCUACCACAUCAUCGGAACCUAGCCGUCCUACGUCUCGUCCUAUACAAGUAGCAUUUGGGGGAGGCAUUCCUACUUCAGUCUACCGCCAACUGAGUGGUAAGACUGAAGGACAAAAGUCAGGCUCUCCCUUGAUCCGCCCCCUGAGCUCUGUGAAUGGCACGAACACAAAUGGUGGUGCUAGCCCAGCACUCUCUUCACCUUCUGUGGGUAGCCCUCGUCAGGUAAACACACAAGCUGCUGCAUCUUCGCAACUACAGUCACAAUUACCUCAGGCUCAAGCCCAGCCUAAUAUGCAGCAACAACACUCACAGCCCCAAUCUUCACAGCCUCAGCCCCAACCCCAGCCCCAGCCCCAGCAACAACAGCAGACACCACAAUCGCAGCAACUCCCUAAAAACUUUGUAUCAUCCCCAUUUAACCAGGGAUCAGGACCUGUUCAUCACUCACCUGUGCUGGAUCCCCGAAUGGGCGGAAUGUAUGGCAACGGCGCUCCAUCUCCUAUGGUAGGCCCAGGACAUGCAUUAGAGAAUGAAUCACCAAACUUCUACAAUGGAAUGCCAAUGCAACGUCCUGGACAAGGCAUGCCUCCACAGUUUGCCCAACAGAUUCCCCCAUUCAAUCAGCAGCUACAUGUAAGUGGACCUGGCGACUAUAUGUCUCCUCAUCCAUCACAAUAUGUUGGUAUGCCACCCUUUGUUGGAGGCCCACCCAUGCACCCUGGCAUGUUCCCAAUGAACCCUGUGGAAAUGUUAAUACGUGGCCCCACAGGACCUCCACCCCCUCGUCCAAUACCCGGUAUGGGACCUGGUCCAGGGCCCAGUCACUUUGUCCCCAACAAUUUUGGUCACCCUAUGGGCAACAUUCCUCAUCCUGGCAUGGCAGGUGUCCCGAUGAAUCCCUCAUUCUAUCCGCCCCAAGUCUCGAAGCCAAUGAUGAAUCGUGAGGAAUUUGAUCGCAGACAUAGACAGUAA